AUGGGCGUGGCGCUGACCAGGUCGGCGCAGUGGACCGCUGCCGGAUACGGGACCAGAACCUUGGAAAUUACUCCUCUCAAUGAAGCAAUAUUGAAAGAAAUUAUGAUGUUUGUGGAGAGCUUUAUCUACAAAUAUCCCCAGGAGGCAAGAUAUGUUUUUGUGGAACCACUCGAAUGGAAAACAGACUUGGACCCCUCAGCAUUUGAAUCAGGUUAUAUUGUCGGUGAAACAACAGUCAAAUCAGAAGAAGUGGAUGAAAAUGGACAGCCUUUGCUGUUUCUCUCUGUACCUCACAUUAAAAUCAGGAACUUUGGGCAGCUGUCACGUUUUUUACUUAUUGCCAAAGAUACAAAGCUGAAGGAAGCACAGGCGUGUGUUGAAGCUAACAGAGAUCCUGUAGCAAAAAUCCUGGGUUUAGAUUAUAAUACAAUGAAAGAAGACACAUCCACGGUAAACAUUCUUGAUAAAGUUACCAAAGGUGAAGAUUCUGAAAAUGAGAUUAAGAUGAAGAUCGCCAGGCUGCUCAGCCAACUGGAUCUGCACCUCCUGAACCAUUCUCUAAAACAUAUUUCACUAGAAAUAAGUUUAAAUCCCACAAGUGUUAAGAACGAUAUAGAAAUGCUGAAAAAUUUCUCAGGAAAAGGAGAACAAACUGUCUUGGAAUCUAUCAGCUAUACCUCAGAUUAUGAAUUUUCAAAUGGAUGUAGAGCCCCACCUUGGAGACAAAUUCAUGGAGAAAUUUGUUAUGUGCUGGUGAAACCACACGAUGUUGAAACUCUGUGCAUUACUUGUAGUGCAGAAGGAGUAUUUUUAAAUGGUGGCAAAACAGACAAUGAGGGGGAAAUUAAUUAUGAGAGAAAAGGUGAAAUUUAUAAAGACCUUGUCACAUUUUUAAAAGAAAAAUCAGAAAAAUUUUCAGAAAAUAUGUCUAAACAGGAGAAGAGAUUCAGCAACAAAAAGGAAAAGAAAGAACCAACUAAUGAUCCACCUGAGAAGGAAGAAGCAGCCCCCGUUCAGAAAGCUAUUACUGGUUCAGGCAAGAGAACACUGGAGAAGAACCAAAUUAAUUUUGGGAAGAGUCAAAUGACCAAGAGAUUAGAGCCAAGUUUAAGCUGGAAGGCUACCGUUCGUUUCAAAGAGUACAGAAGCCUACUAAGAGACCCCCAAGAGGAGAAACACAGAAGAAGACCUGAAAGGUCAGGGCCACCUGUUAAACCCGGAAGAGCGCAGUUAGUUCGUAAGAGUACUGAGAAGAUUGAGGAAAUCGUUAGUGAGAGCUCCUCAGAGAGUGAGGAAGAUGAAGAACCACUUGAUCGUCAGGAAGCAAAUGCAGAUUUGCCAUCAGAAUAUUGGCAAAUUCAGAAGCUGGUGAAAUAUUUAAAGGGAGGAAAUCAGACCGCUACAGUGAUCGCACUGUGUUCAAUGAAGGAUUUCAACUUAGCGCAAGAGACCUGCCAGUUGGCAAUCAGGGAUGUUGGAGGCCUUGAAGUUUUAAUAAAUUUGCUUGAUACAGAUGAAGUCAAAUGUAAAAUUGGUUCAUUAAAAAUCCUGAAGGAAAUCAGUCAUAAUCCUCAAAUCAGACGUAAUAUUGUUGACCUUGGGGGCUUACCAGUUAUGGUUAAUACACUUGAUUCUCCACAUAAGAGUCUGAAAUGUUUGGCAGCUGAGACAAUCGCAAAUGUUGCCAAGUUUAGAAGAGCCCGACAGGCAGUGAGACGCUACGGGGGCAUCACCAAACUGGUCGCUCUACUCGACUGUGGAAAGAGUUCAGCAGAACUGGCUCAAUCGAGUCUGUAUGAUGCCAGAGACGUGGAAGUGGCUCGCUGUGGGGCUCUGGCAUUGUGGAGCUGCAGUAAGAGUUACACAAAUAAAGAAGCCAUUCGUAAAGCUGGGGGCAUUCCUUUGUUGGCUCGCUUACUGAAGACGUCUCAUGAAAACAUGCUAAUUCCAGUGGUAGGGACAUUGCAAGAAUGUGCAUCAGAGGAAAACUACCGAGCUGCGAUCAAAGCAGAAAGGAUCAUUGAAAAUCUGGUGAAGAACCUAAAUAGUGAGAACGAACAAUUGCAGGAACACUGUGCCAUGGCCAUCUACCAGUGUGCUGAGGAUAAGGAAACCCGUGAUCUCGUUAGACUGCACGGAGGUCUUAAACGCCUGGCCAGUCUGCUCGAUAACACGGACAAUAAAGAACGGUUGGCUGCUGUCACUGGGGCAAUAUGGAAAUGUUCCAUCAGCAAAGAGAAUGUGACCAAGUUUCGGGAAUACAAAGCCAUUGAAACUUUGGUGGGACUUUUAACUGACCAGCCCGAAGAGGUACUUGUGAAUGUGGUUGGUGCAUUGGGAGAAUGUUGUCAGGACUAUGAAAAUCGCGUCCUUGUCCGGAAAUGUGGUGGCAUUCCACCACUCGUGAACCUCCUCGUUGGAGUAAACCAAGCUCUUCUUGUCAAUGUCACAAAAGCAAUUGGUGCUUGUGCAGUAGAACCUGAAAGUAUGAUGAUAAUUGAUCGCUUAGAUGGAGUUCGUUUGUUGUGGUCCCUCCUGAAGAAUCCUCACCCAGAAGUGAAGGCCAGUGCAGCAUGGGCCCUCUGUCCCUGCAUCCAAAACACUAAGGAUGCUGGAGAAAUGGUCCGUUCCUUUGUUGGUGGUUUGGAACUUGUCGUCAAUUUACUGAAAUCAGAUAAUAAAGAAGUUUUGGCAAGUGUAUGUGCUGCUAUUACAAAUAUAGCAAAAGAUCAAGAAAAUUUGGCUGUUAUUACAGAUCGUGGAGUUGUCCCUUUAUUGUCCAAACUAGCAAAUACAAAUAAUGAUAAACUGAGGCGUCAUCUAGCAGAAGCUAUUUCACAUUGCUGUAUGUGGGGCAGAAAUAGAGUGGCCUUUGGCGAGUACAAAGCAGUGGCUCCAUUAGUGCAUUACCUGAAAUCAGAUGACCCCAAUGUGCAUCGAGCAACAGCUCAAGCCUUGUACCAACUCUCAGAAGAUGCUGACAACUGUGUCACCAUCCACGAGAAUGGCGCAGUAAAGAGAAGAAAAAUGGAAAAUCUCUUUGAAAAUUGUCAUCUUUGCCAAAGGAAAGUAGAAACACACCUAAGAUGUGUUGCACGAUCAGCCAGGGACAGAUCUGGGAGUGCCGCGGGCGUGAUGCCACACGGUCUGCACCGAUGGAAAUGCAGUGUUUGCACUGUGACUAGGAGAGGCAGCAAAGACGCUUCUUCACAGUGA